ACCACCUCCUUGACCGCAUGUGCCUGCAUUGAGCGUCAAAUUCACCAUCAGCCUUGUCUAGGGAUUCGCAGGCGCCGCGUUUUCUUUGUCCUAUUUCUGCUGGACUUCCCCCACAGCGCCGCACCAUGUCGCAACUGGAGACCAUCUCUGCAUUUGUCGAGGGCGCGCCGCCUGGCGAGCUCGCAGACGUCGUCGCCGAUAUCAAGUCCUUGACCGACUCUCCGAACAUCGUCGCAGAACUCGGCCCCGCGUUCGAAAAGUACAACGAGGAGCAGCUGACCACGGUCAAGCUGCCGGGAAGCAGCCAGACUGUCCUAAUCAGCUCUCACAACUCGCUCGGUGACAGCCGGUACUAUGACGUCGAAAGCUCUUCGAGCUUCGAGUUCGAUCACGUCACACAAAAAGCUAGUGAUGUUCAGAGCCACGUCAUUGAGGGGUCACAAGCAGAUUUGGUCAAAUCAACUCUGAAGAGCCUCGGCACCUACGUCAAAGAGCACUUCCCCAACGCAGCUUACGGCGCGUACCCUAUUGAGUCCGAUUCAAAGGUGGCCGUGAUUGUCGUGGCGAACAAGUACAGCCCGAACAAUUUCUGGAACGGACGAUGGAGGUCCAUAUACGUGUUUGACCCCUCAUCCGGAAGCCUCGAAGGCUCCAUCAAGGUCGACGUCCACUACUACGAAGACGGCAAUGUGCGGCUUCUCACCAACAAGCCCGUGUCCGCGUCCGUCUCCUCGGGCACAGGUGCAGGCAUCGUAAAGGAGAUUUCCGCCCUGGAGAAGAAGUACCAGGAGGAGCUCAACAAAAGCUUCGUCAACUUGAGCGAGGGUGCCUUUAAGGGCCUGCGGCGACACCUCCCAGUCACGAGACAAAAGGUGGAGUGGGACAAGGUCGCAAGUUAUAGGCUAGGUCAGGAUAUCGGAGGCGGCAGUUCGAAGCGAUAGGCGCGAGGCUGCGGUGAUGUGGCGCGCGCAGCAGGACAAAGGUGCUCCCGCAACCGCCGAGUAUUAGAGGACCCAUAUACACAGACGAAAGACUUGAUCAGCAAAUUGUCCGCGCUUGUCGUGCGGUCUUUAUGA